UCUUCCGCCCCUCUCUGAGAGAUUGAGAGGGUUCGCAUGUGAUAAAUGGGCAAAGCAUUCAGCUUCCGAUUACAAGACAGCAAUCGGCAUGGACGCUCACUGAUCCAAUUCAAGUAACAAGCUCAAGUGGGUCGGCGAGAAUCCCAUUCCUUCACUUAAAUUUCAGCACAAACACAGAAGGGUCUCUCAGGUUUCGUGAAUUGGAUCCACUCAAUUACUCGGAUUCGGAAUCGGAGGAUCAUUUAAUAUUCUUUGGGGAGAUUGCAACCUUGGUUUCCAUCCAACUGCUGAAUAAUGGAUUUUAGUACAAUGGAUCGUGCCCAGUUGACCCUGCUAGGAUCCGCAGGUUGUGUGAUGCUCACAAUGCAUUUCACAAUACAAUUAGUGUCGCAACAUCUCUUUUACUGGAAGAACCCGAAGGAGCAGAAGGCAAUAAUAAUUAUUAUUCUUAUGGCUCCUAUAUAUGCAGUUGACUCCUUUGUGGGUUUAUUGGAUAUUAAGGGAAGCAAAACUUUUUUCAUGUUUUUGGACUCUAUUAAGGAAUGUUACGAGGCUCUGGUGAUUGCUAAGUUCUUGGCUCUUCUGUAUAGUUACCUGAAGAUAUCCAUAAGCAAAAAUAUCGUGCCAGAUGAAAUCAAAGGAAGAGAAAUUCACCACUCGUUUCCUAUGACUCUUUUUCAGCCUCGCACUGUUCGGCUAAACCACCAGACCCUGAAGCUACUCAAAUAUUGGACGUGGCAGUUUGUCAUCAUACGCCCAGUUUGUUCUGUUUUGAUGAUAACUCUACAAGCAUUUGGGCUGUACCCCAGUUGGUUGAGCUGGACCUUCACUGUAAUUCUUAACCUUUCAGUUUCUUUAGCGUUGUACUCUCUAGUGCUGUUUUACCAUGUGUUUGCAAAGGAAUUGGCACCGCAUUCGCCCCUUGCAAAGUUCCUGUGCAUCAAGGGAAUUGUCUUCUUCGUCUUUUGGCAGGGAGUGGUCAUUGACAUAUUAGCUGCUGUGGGCGUCAUUCGAUCUCACCAUUUCUGGUUAGAUGUGGAGCACAUCGAGGAAGCUAUUCAAAAUGUCUUGAUAUGUUUGGAGAUGGUUGUGUUUUCGGUUCUUCAGCAAUACGCGUACCACGUUGCUCCUUACAGCGGAGACGUAGAGAAGAAGAUGUUAAACAAGAAGAGGGAGUGAUUCGAAGCGUUCUCUCGUGUACGUGAAUGCGAUUUUUGGUUUUCCGUGUGUCAAUAUUUUUACCUCCCAGUCAUAUUACCUGGGUUUGGAUUUGGAUCAACUCUGAACUCUCUCAUUCUUUGAAGAUGAGGUGUUCAAUUAGUUCGUUUAACAAUGUAUUUCUCAAAGAUAAUAUUUUAUAUUUUGUGUUUA